AUGAAGAACCUAAUACCAGUAACGGCUCUUGUAGUGCACGGUGACAUACAUCAAACAGUGAUCAUAUAUGUAAAGCGAACAGCGUUGCCAGUUACGAUGGUGAUGAUCGGAAGCUUGAUCAUAUCCCUUGUGAUGACCGCCAGUGCCAUUGCGCUUCCUUAUUGGAGCACAUUCAAGGACUCCGUCUUCAACACAGAUCUCAACUGGGGUCUGUGGACCAUUUGUCGAGAAUAUGUGGUAAAUGGCCAAACUUUUAAAGAAUGCCAGGAUUUAUUUCAACCGAUCGGUGCGGAUCGAUCAUCUGUAGUUUUGGAGUGGACCUCGCAUGACGAGACAAUGAUUACUGUGAUCAAGGGUUUUCUAUUAGCAAUGCUAGUAUGCGUGCUGGCUGCCGUACCACUUGUCUUCCUCUCCCAUCGAAAAUCAAACAAAUUCGGAAUGUGGAUGCAUCUGCCACUGGGUCUAUGGCUUGCACUUUACUUGACAAUCAUUGGCCUGUAUCUCACGCUUGAUGUGGACGCCUUGUACGGCCUGCAAGGCCAAAAGAUGGCCCAAUUUUUGGGCGCAGGGUUCUGGCUGCACAUUACUGCCUUUGUUCCCAUUUUGUUGGCUGUGACACUCUUCUGGUCGUCUAACUAUAUUUGUGUAUCAACCGAGAAGUACGACCGAGAUGGGAAUCUGCUGGCUCCAACCAAUGAUGAGUCAAUUGCUCAGUUUAUUGGCAAAAAGGAGGGUAGCAACAACGAUAUUGUG